AUGUGGGGAAGCGAUGCAAAAUUAUAUGUCCGCAUUUCUAGUACCGUUCAGGAUAUUCGUUCAUUCUUCUGUUCAGUCUCUGCAAGUGUCAUAACAGGAUCCAAUAAAGCAAUAUCAUUUUUGUUCUACAUUAUUUCUAACCAGGUUGUCGGUGAUCUUUGGGAACGUUAUUUACAGCUACUUGAUGAGGGUAUUCCGGAUGGUGAUGCUAUGGAUCAGCUUGGUUGCAAGAGGUACUGUUGCCGCAGAAUGAUCAUGACACACGUCGAUCUCAUUGAAAAGCUUCUCCGGUACAAUCCUGCUGAAAGAGAUCGGGCAAAAUCUCAAAUAUGA